CUUGUUUAUUUGAUUGAAUUCAUUUUCCAAAAAAAGAAACUGAGUCAUCUAAAACAUCUGACAACAUCAAGUUCCUGUUUAAAGCGAGAGAUACAAACUAUUAUAAACAUUCGAUGUUUAGAGGUGUUGAACGAAAGUCACACGGUUACGAGGCUGCUCAGCAUGGAAGGAAACACAACAAAUUCAACUGAAAGACCAUGUGGCUUGUCUGAAAUGCCAGCUCGUACGUUUUUCAUAUGUGUCUACACACUGAUCUGUUCGGCGAGUCUGGUGCUCAACAGUGUAACAAUAUAUGUGUAUUUUUGUAAAGUUACUCAUAAGUCCAGCAUCACAGUGUAUCUGAAGAAUCUAGCUGUGGCCGACUUGUUCGUCUGCCUGUGUUUGAUAUUACGCAUAAUUAAAUAUGCUGUCAGUUCAGAGGAAAUUCAUCGUAUCUACUGUAACUUUGGGGCUCCAGCUUCCUACCUCAACAUGUACUCCAGUAUUCUCUUUAUGGGCUACAUUGCUGUUAACAGGUAUAAAUUGGUCUCCAACAUAGUGCCCACGGGCAUCAGGUUGCCAGCACAGAGUAUGUACCUGAAAAUUGUGCGACCAAUGGAGGCUCACAUUAUGCAAACAAUUCGUUCAACCCGCAACAUCUGUAUAGCAACUUGGGCUAUCUUGCUCACUGUUAAUUGUUUCUACAUGGUUGCUUUUGCCAGUACACAAGGUGCUGGUACAAGAAGUCCUGCAGAAGGUGAUUUUGACUGUGGCAGUUAUCAUAACAGUUUGCUCAAAACGAUUUACAUGGUCAUGCAGAUCACUUCCUUUGUAAUGUUUCUGUUUGUGUUGGUAUCAUUUAUGUUACUUUACUGGUGGACCGUACAGAGGCUCAGACAAGCUGAAAGAGCUGCGCCAGCACAAACCAGCAGCACCAAGCUUAUCAAGUCUAAGCGUAACAUGAAAGUACUAGUUGGAGUUUUCUGUCUGUGUUUUGUGCCUUAUCACCUGGUUAGACUUCCAUAUGUGUUCAUCAAACCCCUGCUGCAUGAUUGUAUGAAAGCUCAGACUUUCUACAUACUAAAGGAGCUGACUGUGAUGCUUGCAAUGCUUAAUGCCUCUUUAGAUCCAAUUAUUUACUUUGUCUUCUGCAAGGCCUUCAGGGCCCAUAUACGGCUUCGACAGAGAUAA